GGCCGAGGAGGGAGCAGUUAUCCUAAGAUCAGUGGUAGCUGUGGCGUGAAGAUAAUUACAGUCCUCUAGGUCUGAAAUUUUGCAAGGCAGGUAAGAUGGACGGGUAAGAGGAAAAGAAGUAAAAUGGUCAAGACUUCACAGAGGAAGCAGCGUGACUGUGUGAACCAGCCCAAACCAAAGCCUGGCUUCAGCAUCUCCAUCCCCUUGAGGAUGUCCAGUUACACGUUCAAGAGACCAGUGACGAGAAUCAGAUCGCACCCAGGCAAUGAGGUUAGAUACCAUCAAUGGGAGGAGAACUUGGACAAGCCCCAGCAGGUCUGUUGGCAGAGGAGGCUGCAAGGACUCCAGGCGUACAGCAGUGUCGGGGAGCUCUUCAGCACUUUAGAUCUCACUAAAACUUUGCAAAAACUUGCACCUGCUUGCAUAGGUGCAGCCCUACCGGGGGCUCUGGCUGGUGGUCUGCACCCCAGCUCGGGGCCUGCCCUUGUCCCUUCUUCACACUUUGUGGAGUCAAUUCCCGGAGCCAGUCUGGGCAGCCCCCAGCUCCUCUGCAAACAGUUCCUGGUGACUGAGGAAGAUAUUAGGAAACAGGAAAGGAAGGUGAAGACGGCUAGAGAGAGACUGGCAAUAGCCAUGAUCGCAGACAGACUAGCCAGUGAGGCAGAGAAAGCUCGGGGGCCCAGACGGGCGUCCUUGUGAACACAGGAGAAGACACUGCCGAUGGAUGAAACGGGGCGUGGCCCUUUAUUCACAUCGAUUUGUAGGGACCAUGUGUGUAUAUACAUAAAUAUAUAUAUAUAGUUUGAAUUGAGCUCCUGACACCUUAAAACACACCAAUGCCUUUCCUUAUUAAACUCCUUUGUGUAACACAAGAAAAC